AUGCCUAUACAUUAAGAAGUUAAUAAGGAAAUAUCAAUGAAUGAAGUAAACCUAUAGAAUCCUUUAAGAGAUAAAGCAAAAUUGCAGAAAGCAAUUUACAAAAUAGGAAUAUCAAUGAAGAGAAAAUACCUUCAAAAUCGCGAUUAAAUAGAACAAAUUAACAGAGAAAUAACUUUAUAUUAGAAAAUAAUAAGCAGCUUACUGAAAAAAAAAGAAAAUUAAAUUAGUAAUAUGGAUUACUCUUAAAAUAAAUAGUCUUACUCAAAUAAGAAUAGCACUAUUUUUUAUUAGAAAUAAUAUACAGAUGAGUGCUAAAAGGAGUAACAAAGAUAGUUAUAAAAACUUCUAAUUCAAUAAGAUAAUAAUUUGAGGAACAAAAGAGAAGAAAUAGAAAAACUACAAAUAAAAUUGAAUAGUUUUGUAUCAAGUCUACUAAUUAGUUAAAUUAUAAGUUGA